AUGCCACGCAACGCCGACAUGAAAUUUCCAUGCACACACUGCCGCAAGGCGUACAGUACGCCCUACAGUUUACAGCGGCACUUUGCUGAUUCACACGCAGAACCAUCGUUGGAGGUUUCCCAGCAGACCUCAGACAACGAGCGAUCAUUAUCUCCACCGUCGCCGGCGCCCAUGUUUUCAUCACAGCUCCCUCGCCCAUCUUGGGGAGCUGCACCUCCUACAAGAGCCGCACCUUCCGCUUCACAGCUUCAUCAGCCAUCUACGCGCUUGUUUCUUAUCCCGCACGCUCCCAGCAGGCAAGUGUCGCCGCGUCCCUUGGGCUCGAGGGCAGGAUCGCCCCCAACAAUGAUUCCUGCGCCGGUAACCCCUGCGGCAAGUUGGCCAUCUACGCGCACGUUUCUUGGCCCGCGCGCUAUCAGCAGCCAGGGGUCGCCGCGUCCGUUGGUCUCGAGCCCAGGAUCGCCCCCAACGAUGAUACCUGGGCCCGUUUCUCCUGCACCACUGCGCAACGUAUCUGCGCAGAGGAUGACACCGCCACCUCCGGGCAUGCAUCAGCCACCGCCUAUUUGCGCCACGCCCACCACUGCGAUGGAAGUAGAUGUUUCGCUCUACGACAUUGUACCCGAUGACCACACAAUGAUCUACGACGACACGCACAAUCUUCCGGCCCUUGGAAUUGUUAUCAACACUUUUCUCAAGAUUGUUAUCUGCAUAGAAUGUAAGGAAGCGAUUGAGCCGGCGUUGGUGUGCGCACACGUCAAGCAGCACAAUGCACACUAUACACCAGGCCCCACAUUGCUCGAAGAUCUUCGGCGGAAAUACGGGAUUGUGUCGCUGGCUGAGAUAGCCUACAGCGCUGGACCAAUCCGUCUGAUUUUUGGGAUUCCUAUCGAGGCUGAUCAGCUCCAUUUUUGUUCCAAAUGCCACCGUGGCUACAACUCGUUGUUGAGCCUGCAGGGUCACCAGUCUAACGGGCAGCGUUGCCAAGUGCCUAUCACGCAGCGCGCUUGCUACACGAUGUACGGGCAGAUACUUACAAAAGGCCCAAGCAAGCGGUAUUUUCCAGUGGACACCUCUUGCCUCUCACUUUGCCAGGACAUUCCCUUUGCAUACUCGACUGUUUUUGGAACAACAAUGCCGCCUCCACCCGAUUACACACAGUUGCCCAUCCAAAACAUUGAGGACCCGCAAAAUCUGUCCUUGUUUCUCUUCCGCGAAGGAUGGCUUGACGCAGUGAAAGGGUUGACCCCUGUCGACAUCCAGGAGGUUACUAGGCUACCAGACGCCAAGACCGAGCCAUGGGGCAAACAACUCCAGCUCGCAGCCCAUCGCACACUGGCCAGUGUACAGCUACUGGUGAACGAACACCAUACGUUCGGGAUGACACAUAAUAUUGCUCAGUUCAAUCAAUCGUGA